AAUAAGUAGACCAUGGUUUGAUUAGAAUACUCAACCACAAUGAUAUAGUUAUCAUUUUAAUUAUGUAUUAUUUAUAUGAAAUUCUGACAAUGUUUUACGCAAAGAACUACAUUAAGGUGUUCAGGGAUGAUUUCUAUUAAAUGCCUCGUAAAACCAUAAAGACAGAGAAGCCUCCCCUGCUAUUCCAGGAGCAGUCUUUGAGUGGAGCCAGAUUCCAAAAUGUGCCUGAAGUCCGAGCAGCACUCAAUCCCAAGGAAUUUUUCACAGAAGCGCAAGCACAUAACAACUCAGCAUUUAAGUCUUGGGUAAGCCCACAGUUUAACAGUUCAGUUGCAGCUGCACCUCCAUUGAGGCGAGGGAGGAGAAAAUGCCAUUCUGCCACAAGAAUUCUUGAUAAGUGCAAUGAGCUACCCAGGAAAAACGGUGUCUGCAAAUUCCCCCCAUUAUCAUUUAAGACAUGGUCAAGAGACCAGUGUCACCAGCCAAAGACUGCAUGCACAAAGAAAGCUACAGAAUCUACUGUGUCUGACACAACAAAUCAACCACAGGGAUCAUGCCAGAUCAAAAAGAAAGUUUCAAAAUCACUGUACUUAAACACACCAAAGAGACAGCUGGCCUCGGUCAGAAAAACGAAUAAGGAGAAGUUAUCUGAAGGCGCUGCAUCCUCCAGAAAAUGUUUGGAUCCACUUGAACCAUCUAUUGAAGUGACAGAGAAAUGCAGAGGACCAGCAGAUUGUACUUCAACUCCUGCCUCCAGUGGUUUCAGCACCACUACUGUCAGCAGUGUCAAUCCACCACCUGAUGUGGACACUCCAAAAGUAAUACAAGAAGGAUGUAGUAGUCCCUCUCUUCUUUCUGUACAUUUGCUGCUGGCUCCACCAUGUACACCACCAUGUAAUCAGCCAGCUGACAUUUUGGUGGCUGACACACCAGAGAGGGAUUAUGGAAUGAAGGUGACAUGGAGGAAGAGGAGGGGUCUGAUGUUGCUGUUACAAGAGAGGGGCCAUCUCUCUGAUUCAGAUGUGCUAAUUCACAGUUGACUUGGAGUCAGCAAGAAGAGGACUAGGCUGAUAAUGAUAUCAAUAGAGAAAAAAACCCAGUUAUUAUUCAUUGUACAAUUUCUGUGAUAUAAUUCGUUAUAUGGGCCAUUUUUACCACACUGGACUCCACUCCAAAGCCAUGAUCAUAUUUCAGUUCACUGACUGUUUACUUCUUUUUAGUUUCAUUGAACCUCAUAAUGAUAAGCCAAGGAUACUAUGAAAUAUCUCUCUCACCCAUCCUAUCUGCAUUGCCUUGGAAGUUAAGAUUGUAAGAAUCAAAUCACAUUAAAUAAUAAAUCAAAAUAUCAUUUUAAUUACUCCAAUAUCUAAAUAGCAAGUGUUUUUAUGUGACAGCAUAUUUAUUCAGAUUCUAGUUGUACUGUGUUGUUACAAAUUACAUUGCAAAUCACAGGCAGUCCUUAAAUUUAAACCUACUCCUGACCUCUAGCAACACACUGCAAGUUUUUUUAUAUUUUCAUUUUAUUUUUCUGCAUCCAAGUUAAAAUGAAAGAUUUAUGGAGAAGGUAGUGGUGUAAAUGGGCUGUGGCAAAUAUAAGAUUUCCAAAAUUGAGCAAAUCCUACAUAAUUUAGUCAGGGAGAUGUCGUUUUGAGUCACUAGUGUAAUAAAACCAAUAUUGCCACUGAAA